AUGGCAGCACAAAUCAAGAACGAGAAGCCUAGGGCAGACAACAAGGCUUCUAGAAGAAGAAGAAAGAAGAGAAGAACAGAAGACUUCUCUUCAGAUUCCGAUUCGUCCUCAUCGUCGUCCUCAGAUGAGGAAGCUGAGGUUCAGCAAGAUGAUGAACCAGUCCAACAACAAGCACAAGUCAACAUAGAUGAUAUAGACAUCGAUUCAGAAGAUGAAUCCACCAAGGGAAGUGCACCAAAGCCUCUCACCAAUGAAACCCACAGGAAUCUCAAUAAGAUACAGCUCACGACCACACAAUUAUCACAGACAACCGGAUUCGGUAAAAGUUUGAAUUCCAUAACCAACAUGGGACAAAUAGAAGAAAGCAUACAGAAAGAUAAAGUGAAGUUACAAAAUGCAUACUUGGGACUCAUGGCUGGAGAAUUUGGCAAUGAUUUGGAUGAGUUGAGAAAGAAACCAGACUUUACUGAUAAGUCCUUGGUUAUUCUUGCCAAAGCGCUCCAGUCUGGGUCUGGCAUGUUUGACCCCGAAACCUUGAAUAGCAUCUUGAACAAGUAA